AUGCCCUCCGACCUAGACCAGCUCGUUGAUAUGGGCUUCGACCGCGAGCGCGCUACCAUUGCCCUCACAGUCUCUGGCAAUCUCUCUGGUGCCAUUGACUGGCUGGACAAGAAUCAAGAAAAGUCCCUCGACGAAAUCAAAGCCCAACGUGCCUCCGCCUCCUCCGCUGCCUCCUCCGCUCCUGUCGCCGUCGAUGCCUUCGCCUCGGAGGAAGCCCCCGCCCUUUCCGCCGGCGAAGAAGCCAAAUCCCUCGUAUGCGACGACUGCGGCCGCAAACUCCGCUCCACCACACAAGCCGAAUGGCACGCCUCCAAGACGGGCCACGAGAACUUCUCCCAAUCAACCGAGGAAAUCGCGCCCCUGACGGAAGAAGAGAAGAAGCAGCGCCUGGAAGAGCUCAAGGAGAAGCUCGCACUCAAACGCGCCACCCAGGCCGAGCAGGAGAAGGAAGAACGCAAGAGGAACGAGCAGAUUCGCCUCAAGGCCACAAAGGAGAGCCAGGAGAUCAAGGAAGAGCUACAGAAGAAGGAGCGCCUCAAGGAAGCCCAGGCCAAGCGCGCAGAGAAGAAGGCAGACGAAGAGGCCCGCAAGCGUGUCCUGGCCAAACUCGAGGCAGACAAGCAAGAACGCAAGCGCAAAGCUGAACUCGAAAAGGCUGCUCGAGCAGGCCAAGCACCUCCCCCUGCCCCCGCCCAGGCACCACUCGCCACCUCCUCGGGCCCGACGACGAGUAAGCCGGCGAGUGCCUACACCGAGGCCAGGCUGGCGCUGCAGACGAGCCAAGGAAGAGUCAUGAAGACGUUCCCCGUCGAAACGACACUGUUUGAGGUGGCACAUGCCUUGGAGACCGAGGGCGUGGUCGUGCAGACGUUUACGACGAAUUUCCCCAAGAAGACGUACGACAAGACGGAUUUUGGCCUGACGCUCAAGGAGGCCGGUAUGGUGCCUAGUGCGGCGCUGAUUGUUGGCUAG